AUUUUUCCAGUGGGUGAUGGAAACCAAAAUCAAACCCACUGCCAUCGAGUCGAUUCCGACUCAUAGUGACCCAAUAGGACAGAGUAGAACUGCCCCUUGGAUUUUCCAAAGAGCACCUGGCGGAUUUGAACUGCAAACCUCUUGGUUAACAGCCAUAGCUGCUCUGAAAAUGCUAAUAAGUGCUGUCCACGUAAGGCAGUGCUAAUACUACUGUUGUUAGGGAAACAGAAGUCAUUUAGGAGAACUAACUGCCACUUAAACUCUGACUUUAGUUCAUCACAUCCUCGUGAUCUGUUGGCCAAAGCACUGAUAAAAAACAGUCAUAAGCGAGGCAGGUCUCUUCCUUUCAGAGGUGGUUCCUAACUGGAAAACUUGCCCUUUCUUCCUGCAGGGGGACACAGGCACCCAGACCUACAGAGCCUGCUGAAUUACUCAUUUAAAAGAAGAAGUCAGGCGAGCUGGAGGAGACGGAAGCCAAAGCAACUGAGAAGAAAAAACCCUCAGAGUGGAAAGAAAACCUAUGUCCUUGCCUCUAUACACCUCCAAAGCAGAAAUGGAACAAAAUGUUAACUUCAGCGAUAGCAACAACAACAGUAACUGCACAAUUGAAAACUUUAAGAGAGAAUUUUACCCCAUCAUGUACCUGAUAAUCUUUGUCUGGGGAGCCUUGGGAAAUGGCUUUUCCAUAUUUGUUUUCCUGCAGCCAUAUAAGAAGUCCACGUCUGUGAAUGUUUACAUGUUAAACCUGGCCAUUUCUGAUCUCCUGUUCACGACCACACUGCCUUUCAGGGUUGACUAUUACUUCAGAGGCUCCAAUUGGAUAUUUGGAGACUUGGCCUGCAGGCUCAUGUCUUACUCCAUGUAUGUCAACAUGUACAGCAGCAUCUAUUUCCUGACUGUGCUGAGUGUUGUGCGUUUCUUGGCAACCGUUCACCCUUUCCGGCUCCUUCAUGUCACCAGUAUCAGGAGUGCUUGGAUCCUGUGUGGCAUCAUAUGGAUUCUUAUCAUUGCUUCCUCAACAGUGCUUCUGAAGAGUGGGGUUGAGCAGCAGAACAAUGUCACUUUAUGCUUGGAGUUGAAUCACAAUAAAAUUGUUAUACUGAAGGUCUUGAACUACAUUGCCUUGGCGGUGGGCUUCUUUCUGCCGUUCUGCACUCUCAGCAUCUGCUACCUACUGAUCAUCCGAACUCUUCUAAAGGUGGAAAUCCCAGAAUCAGGACCGCGGGGUUCUCACAGAAAGGCAUUGACCACCAUCAUCAUUGCCUUGAUCAUCUUCCUCUUGUGUUUCCUGCCCUAUCACAUACUGAGAACCCUCCACCUGGAAAAGUGGGAUAUGUGCAGAGCCUCACUGCAUAAAGCCGUGGUCAUCACACUGACCUUGGCGGCAGCCAAUACCUGCCUCAACCCUUUGCUCUAUUACUUUGCUGGAGAGAAUUUUAAGGACAGAUUAAGGGUUAUCCUUGGAAAAGGUCAUCCACAUAUGACAAAGAUCAAAGGCAGAUUUCCAGUUUGUAUGUGGUCGAAAAAGGAAACAAGAUUGUAAGGAGUCAUUAGGAUGUGCUCCUCCAAAAUGAGAGAUUAAACCAAGACAGAAGAAAACAUGACAUCCAGGAAAGGAAGAAUCCAACACGGGAGAAAAGUGAAGAGAAUUCCCAGGAUGUUGGUGUGCAGCAGGCCCAGAGAGCAACUUUUCCAUAUAGGAGUGGGAAUCUCAGAGGACUCCAGGAGACAUAUCACCUAGAAAAACAAGAAACUAAUUGCUUUGCACACAUUGAAAGGGAUUUCUAUCUCUCUUGGAGAGCUUGGGAUGAAUUAGUGAUAAAUACAUAGACAACUAAGCAAAUGAAAAGACAGUGAUAUUGUUAAAUACUAGGGAAAAAAACUGUUAUACAAGAUAUUAAAGGUAACCAUAAUACACUACAUGGCUCAGUUGUAAAUAAUAUUUACAUAGAGAAUAACAUAAACAGUAAAAUGCUGUGAUAUAACUUCUUUCAAGGAAUGAGGGGAGAGGAAGUUUAUGUGUGUGUGAGAGAGACAGAGGUGUAAGAAACCUAGAGUCCUGUCUUCCAUCACAGAAAAUACAUAAUAACUAAAGUGGAAAAAUGAUAUAAAGCUGUGUAAGUAUGUUAUUUAGCAAUAAAAACUAAAUACCAGAAGAAACAGCUAAAGGAAUUGUCAGAUUGUCUUUGGAGGAAAGUUGGGAGUGGGGGAAUAGAACGAAAUUUAUCUUUCCCUUUUAAGUACCAUUUAACUGUCUAACUUGUGAAUAUGUAUUGCUGACAUAAAAUAAAAGUUACGUUAAAAUUCAAUUUGAAAAUUCAAAUUAAUUCUGAGUUAUUAAAAAAAAAAAAGAAGACGAAGAAAGGCCACCAGAAAUGAAACCUGAAUGCCUACAGGAGAAAGGAAAGCCCCAUGACUCCAUUCCUGCCUGGUAACAAGCUGAGUGCAAGAGCCUGGGUCCACAUGCUUCCUUCCUUAUAUCCAGGAGAAGAAAGAGGGUGUCUCCUACCCAUACCCUCUAACAAAAGUCCUGGGCUUCAUUUUCAUUAGACAUACUCAGCUCACACACCAUUCUUAAACUAAGCCAAGGACAAAGGGAUUACUCUGAAUGAAAAGAGAGUCCACGCCUGGAGUGGGGGAUGGGGUUAACCCCACUGAAUACUCAGGCCUACUAACUGGUACAGGGGUGAAAUGGGGCCUGCAGAGGCCAUAUAAUAUCCGUACCACGUGAGGUGGGGGCAAGACCUGCUAGGCAGCUGGGGAUCUAGCUGGGUACCUGAACAGCAUGUCCAGCAGGUCAGGGUGCGUGCGGUCAGAUGGGCUUUAAGGAGGAAGGGGGAAGCUAAAUUAUGAGGUUAUAUUGCUAAGUCAUAGGGAUUUGAAAAUGAAAUCUGGUAGGAUAGCACAGUUAAGCCCAGGUCCUUUAGGUGUGUUCGGAGGAGCUGUGAAAAGGAUUCUGCCAAAGAUGUGUGUUAUUAUUGUCUGUUAUGGAUUGUGUGGUAUCCCCCAAAAAGAUACCGAAGUCCUAACCUUUGUUCCUGUAAAUGUGGCCUUAUUUGGGGAAAUAGGACUUUGUUUGCUUGUUUUUCUUCUUAAGAUAUGAUCGGUUCCAUUAACAAGAUCAUACCAGAGUAGAAAACCAAAUCAAACCCAUUGCCGUUGACUCCAACUCAUAGAGAUCCUAUAGGACAGGGUAGAACUACCCCAUAGGGUUUCCAUGGCUGUGAUCUUCACGGAAGCAGGCUGCCGCAUCUUUCUCCUGGAACAGCUGGUGGGUUCCAGAUGCCUACCUUUUGGUUAGCAGCUGAGCGCUUAACCACUGUGCCACCAGGGCUCCUUUGCCAGAGUAGGGAGGGCCUUAACCUUAAUCCCUUCUGAGCAGUGUCUUAUAAAAGAGGAGAACAGACACGGGAAGCAGAGUCACAGACCGGUGCCGUGGGAAAAUACUACAAACAGCAGAGGAACGCCAAGGAUGGCUGGCAGUCACUAGUAGCUAGGAGAGGAGUGUGGAUCAGUUUGUCUUUCAAGACCUUCAGAAGGAAUUGAAAAAAUCGAUACCCUGAUUCAGACUUCUAGUCUUCAGAAGUGUGAGACAAUAAAUUUCUCUUCUUUAGAGCCAUCCACUUUGUGGUAUUUUGUUAUAGAAGCCCUAGGAAACUAAGACAGUGUCUUAAAUCUAUGGGGUGUGUGUGUGUGUGUGUGUGUGUGUGUGUGAGAGAGAGAGAGAGACAGAGAGACAGAGAGAAUGACUUACUUUUUCCUUUUCCAAGGUGUUUCCUUUCUCCAGCCAGGGUGGAGACUCUCACUUGGUGAAAUAUGUUGCCCUUGGGGAAGGAAACUAAAUAGAACUGUUUGUUUACCAAAGUGAAAGCCAAGUGUGUUCCAGGUUUCCAGAUACAGUUCCUUUUGUUUGAGAGAUUAGAUCUCCCCUCGAGCAAGUAUGUAAAUUGUUCAACUGGGAGAAAGAAUUUUGUUGUGUAAACGUUGGUAGAAUUAUGAUACUGGAACUGUGAUUUUAAAUGUGUGUCUCAGAAGCAAAUGAAACAAAUGCCAGUUUAUUUUUGUGAUGAU